AUGUUAGAUCCGUCGCCAAAGUCGUCCGAAGGACAAGACAGAAGCAUAGUGCGGAAAAAAUGGCGGCCGUUCCGCGCGAUGGACUUUGAAACCUUGAUGUAUCCCUGCUUCCUUUUCUGUCGCAUUAUUGGACUAUUCCCGUACACCAUCAACGGCUCAACCGUCGUGCUUACUAAACGGAGCUAUAUUACGUCGACCCUCAGUAUGAUUGGCGCCGGCAUUUGGGGGGUGAUAGUACUCUUCGAGGUCAACAUUGCCGGGGACAUUUCGUUUGACGGUGUACCUGGAGCCCUUCAAUGUAAUUGCUACUACAUACUCGGUGGUGUUAUAGCGGUCAUCACAUACAUCAUGAUUAAACCGCGGAUAGAUACGCUCCAGAUCAUGCUGGAUGUUUCUUCGAAACUGCCUGCGGAGUCAUAUCGGAAGAUGUCCAAGGUGGUUCAUGCCAAGGACAUUCUCGGUUUUCUUUUUAUAGUAAUACAACUGUAUCAAUGUUUUGUGAACUCUUACAACUUUGGCGAUACCUUCCUCAAGCUCAUGACAUUUUAUCUCACAAUACUGGUGUUUCAAAUGGAUAUGCUAUACAUGGAUUGCGUUUGUGUACUAAAAGCCUGUUUUGCACAACUCAACGAUAGUCUGUUGAAUCUGCGAGAACUCGUGGUGAACGACGAACCGCAUCUUCUCAGACGUACCUAUCAUGAACAGAGAAAUCCACAUCUACUGAUGGAGCUCAAAGCCUUGAAAAAACGACAUCUGAUGAUCAGCGACGCUGUGCACUUGGUGAAUAAGGUUUUUAGUAUGCAAAUUCUCACCACAAUAGUCAUGACUUUUGCCGAAAUCACUUUCGGUUUGUAUUUCUACAUAGUGGUGUGGCAAGAAGGCACCGAUGUUAUCAAUCUAGAGAAACAGAUCUGGAUUAAGUACUACAUCACGUCUGUAACAUAUUAUUCUAUCAAAAUAGUGCUUAUAGUGUGGGCCUGCGAUACAGGCAAGGAUAACGCUUUGCAGAUUGGCACUACUGUACACGACGUUCUUAUCAGCACCAGCGAUAAGCAGAUUAAAGAAGAGUUGCAGCUGUUUUCCUUGCAAAUAUUGCAUCGCGAAAAUUCAUUCAACGCAAAGGGUCUCGUUGUUGACGCAACACUUCUUACUGGGCGAUUCACCGGCAACAGCAGCGGUGGCAGCAGCAACAACGGCCUCGAAACUGAGUUUUCAUUCAAUGCGGAGGCAUGUGGGGUGUAG